GGAUCAUGGCCGGGCUCGGCGGGGUAAAGCCAUCACCACCAUGCCAUCCCAUGUCCGUCGCCUCCUUCGAUGUCUCCCCAGUGCUACCCAAACUCUCUGGUGCCAGCCUCCCCUCCUUUCCGCAGGCAAAAUCCCCCCAUGAGAAAAUCUGCGGAAUCCCGGAAUGCACGAAAUCGACCUCUACGCAGUACGGAGUUCUCGAGGACGGAUCUGGGGUUGGAUGGGACUUCCAGAACAUGCAUCAUGAUCCAAACCUGCAUCACACGAAGGAUGGAAACAAGACAUAAAGCCCGCCGUCCCCUCUGCGGUUGAAGUCCGAAUUUCUGUGAUCAGGUGGCAAUCUCUCUCGACUCUUCCACAACCAUCCUCCUUGCAACAGGGCGAACACUCAAGUCCGCUAACAUGGAGAAAGUCAAUAUUGACGACCACCACGAAGCCAAGGCUAUCGACUCAAUCAUUGAACAUGUGGCCCCAAAGAUCGAACAGGCUCGAGCAGCCGCUGAAGAAGAACACAGUCUCUCGGUCUGGGAGGCCCUUUCCAAGAACAAGAACGUCGUUUUCUGGUGUGUGUUCUUUGCCUUCAGCUGCAUUGGUUGGGGCUUCGACGCACAAGUCAACGGCGCCAUGAUCUCGGUGCCACAGUUUCGGUAUACAUUCGGUUAUAUCUACAAAGGGCAACCUGUGAUCCCUGCGAGCUGGCAGAGCGGCUUUAAUAGUAUCUCCAGCGUCGGCCAAUUUUUUGGUGGCUUCAUGUGCUCCUGGAUCUCUGACCGCAUCGGCCGUCGGUACUCUCUCCUCAUAGGGCUGGGCUUUGUCACUGGUGGUAUUUUCGGCGAGGUCUUCUCGACCACCAGACCGGCAUUCCUCAUCGGCAAGUUGAUUCUUGGGGUCGGCCUUGGAUUCUACUUGACCAUCGGCCCUCUCUACUGCUCCGAGGUGGCGCCGGUUGUUCUUCGUGGUAUGAUCACCGGCGGCAUCAACUUUGCCAUUGUCAUUGGGCAGCUCUUGUCGAAUGCCGUUAUCAAAGGAUUCGGGGACAGGACCGACCGCUGGGCUUUUCGGGGGCCUUUUGCCAUUCAAUGGUUGUUUGUCGCCAUUCUUCUCGUCGGACUCCCAUUCGCACCCGAGUCUCCAUGGCACUAUGUUCGUCACGGCCGCAUGGAAGAUGCUCGGCGAUCUCUGGAGCGUCUGCACGGAAAGGAUGUUGAUGUGUCACCAAAGCUGGCCAUGAUUAUCAGGACCGUCGAAGAGGACGCUGAAUUGUCCAAGUCUGCAAGAUGGGACCAAUGCUUCCGUGGCACCAACCUCGUGCGAACAACCAUUUCGGUCGGUGUCUUUGCUUGCCAGCAUCUCUCGGGGAUUGUUUUCGUACUGGGUUUCUCAACCUACUUCUUCGAGCUUGCCGGUAUCCAGACCAAGGACGCUUUCGACCUAGGCGUGGGAGUCACAGCCUGUGGUGUGGUUGGCGUCAUGAUCUCUUGGGCCGCCAUCAAUACACUGGGUCGGAGAAAGUUGUUUGUCUGGGGCAUGAUCGGCAUGACCAUCGUCCUCGUCUUGAUGGGUAUUCUCGAUGUCGUCCACACCUCGGCUGCCCGCUGGGUUCAAGCCUCUUGCACGGUUGUCUACGCGCUCAUCUACCAGAUCACCAUCGGCUGUAUCGCGUUCGCUUUGCUCGGUGAGGUCUCCACUCCCUCACUUCGAGCAAAGACGGUCGGACUGGCCACUGCGUGCCAAGCCGUAUUUGGCACGGUGAUGAACAUUGUGGUGCCUUACAUGGUCAAUCCAGACAAGGCCAAUUUGAAGGGAAAAGUAGGCUUCGUGUUUGGUGGCGCCUGUCUUUUGGGCACCAUCUGGAGCUACUUUUACAUCCCUGAGCUGAAAGGCCGCACCUUUCAGGAGAUUGAUUUCUUGUUCCAGCACCGAGUUCCACCUAGGAAGAUGGGCCAGUACAAUCUUGAAGAUGUCAAUGAUGUCACUGAUGUUAUAUGAGCACUACAUGCACGCCUGCAGACGGGUUAAUGAAGGCGAUGUCCCGCAACGAGUUGGUAUAAAUGAUGGCAAGGUUGUGAGCUACAAGAAAGAGAGGGAAUAAAGACUUACUACAAUUACGAAAGUGUCCACGCGCCAGUAAAUCGGCCAAUAUCAUGCC